AGCCCUUCAGAUACGCUGAAGAAUUAUUGUUAUUCAGUGGGCUAUGACCAGCAGGAAUGUGUAUUCAAUUUGCCAGCUAACUAACAUUUUUUCCUGUUUCAUGUAGUGUAAACCAGGCGAAAUACUGAGGGAAUGCGGAUUCUUUUUUCGCGAAUGAUUUUUUUUGCGGAAAUGUUAUUGGUUUAUGGGCGUGCGACGCCCUGUCUGCCCAGCCGAAGUGUCGCCGCCAGCGGCGCUGCCUUAGCACGUUAGCCUGUUAGCACGCCUGGCGUCCUCCGACGGUGGCCGGCUGGCUGCUGCCUGUCUGCCGCACGGCCUUGGCACCGAUCGCUAGCCCUGCUUUUUGUUUAUACCGCGUCUCACUCAUUUUGACGCCUCGGUAUCCGCGACACGGAUUAACGUGGGGAAAAAAGUGAUCGGAGUUAAACUGUUAUGUUACUGUCUCUGUGUUUACGCUUAAUCAGCGGUGGCCCGGUGUUUAAAUAUCUAAAUACCGACACGAAGAAGACGUUAACAUGCUAGAUUUCGUAGUACUUAAUCCAGUACAUCGCAUAUUACUGGAGUCAUUUUGUUUGAAAAGGCCCAAAAUUAGCUACCUGUAUUGCACCUAAUCGCAAUAUGACCCGCCGUCUAUUCUGUGGUCUGUCGAGAUUAAAUAAUUUAGCAGCUCAGGGGCAGGUCUGAUCUGAGCCACAGUUCAGGAGGAGCUGCCCCUACCCUUUCUGCUCCUCUUCCUCCUUCGCCACCCGCUCACCCCAGUUCCCCUGGUCUGGGCAGCCAUGACAACAGGGGAGUGCUGCCACCUCCCAGGCUCUCUGUGUGACUGCACGGGUAACGUGGCGCUGUCCAAGACCGUGGAGGAGUCCGACGUCCGGCGGGCACACUGCAUCACCCAGGUCACAGCCAAGGACGGCCGGCUUCUGUCCACCGUCAUCAAAUCGCUGGGUACUCAGAGUUGCCUUGCUGAUGACCUGCUUUUCUUUCCCGACAGCGAUGGCCCCAUCUGUCGGAUCUGUCACGAGGGGGCCAGCGCCGAGGGCUUGCUCUCGCCCUGCGACUGCACGGGCACGCUGGGCACAGUGCACAAGAGCUGCCUGGAGAGGUGGCUGUCCUCCUCAAACACUAGUUACUGCGAGCUCUGUCACACGGAGUUCAGUGUCGAACGCCGGCCCCGGGCCCUCACCGAGUGGCUGCGGGACCCGGGGCCCCGUAAUGAGAAGCGCACCCUCUUCUGUGAUAUGGUGUGCUUUCUGUUCAUUACCCCGCUGGCGGCCAUCUCGGGCUGGCUCUGUCUGAAGGGAGCCCAGGACCACCUGCACUUCGACAGCCGCCUCGAGGCUGUGGGCCUCAUCGCCCUCACCAUUGCCCUCUUCACCAUCUACGUUCUCUGGACACUGGUGUCCUUCCGCUACCACUGUCAGCUGUACUCGGAGUGGAGAAGGACGAACCAGAAAGUACGCCUGCUCAUCCCUGACAUCAGGAGGGCUCACUCCACCCCACAAUCCCUGCUGUCCUCCACGCUGCAGAAGAAGACGGCGGACGAGACUGUCGUCUGAGGGAGGGGGAGUGCGUUUGUGGGCUGGUGGGAGGUGGUGUGAGCCGCCAGAACGAGGGAGGCCACAGGCAUGUUUUCUUCCCUGUUGAAGGGUUCAUCUUCCGUCCCGUAUAAGCCCAGGCAUGACUGAGGUGAUCAGUGUAUCACCCUGAAGACAGACCCCCAGUUGAGGCUCCAAGGGGGUGACCCUGCUUUGCAGAUGGAGCUGUUUUGCAAACGCUGUGGAGGCAGUUGUGUGGACGUUGACAAGCUCCAGAGUGUGUAUAGUGAGGCCAAGUGGGACUGGGAGGGCAGAUCUCCGCAGGGGCAGGCACAUUAAGGCCCAAACACUACGUAAUUGCUCAUGUAUUUUGGUUUGAAACAGUGCGUUUCCACCCCCCCUCCCAAGCUUCAGAUAAGGAAUGUUGGAAGGUACGUUUUCCAGCAGUUUAACCAAGCAAAAAUGUGAACGUAUCCCUUUUGCCCUUCUGCUUGUGGCUUUUGCAGAAAAUGUUUUUUUCCUUUUCCCACCCCUUAAGUGUUGUUUACUUUUCCCCAUGGGAGAGCAGAGUCAACGGCCAGAUAAUCAGAGAAAUGUGCAAUAAAAACGCUGAGGAUGCUUAACGGCAUGUGGCACAUGAACACAUUUUAUUUUGCUUUUGUUUGUGUUUCGUUUUGUUUUUGUUUACUUGUUUGCUGACAUAGUCAAAAAUAAGCACUUAUAGUAAAAUCAGCAGCCUGCGUGCACACUCAGUCAUGCCCGUCGAGUGCCAGGGAGGCAGAUGUGAUUCGCCAAAGAGCUUUUUAUGAGCCCAUCCUCCCACCCCCACCCCCACUUAUCCAGGUGUGAUUUUCGCAUGUUAAAAAUAGAGCCGGACACUCAUUAUUCGACCCCACAAAUGGGCAAGCAGGCCGGCCGGAUGACAGUGAAUCCAGCUUUCUGCAACCACUCAUGAAUCUCAAAGCAGCUCAUGGAACAGGCAAGACCCGACAUCUCUGUCACCGAGGGGUGAAAGGUCACGACUGCCCCUCGUAAGUUAAAUACAAGGGUUGGUUUCGGUUGGGAAAAAUCAGUUAAUUUCUCCUGAAGGUUCUCUACUCCAAGUACGCUGUGAUUGUGGAUGAUUCACGGGAUAUCUUUGAAUUCGUUUGUGAGGGGAAGUCAUUACAUCAGUUUGCCCUUGUUGCUGUGUCACCAGAGCAACGUAACUUGCAUAUUGCUAAUUCUUUGCAGCAUAAUUUGUUCGAUCACUGCAGGAGUUCCCUCUUUGUUAGGGAAAUAUGCAAAAGCACCAGUGCAUGCUGAACACCAGGACUGUUCAUAGCUCCUCUCAGUGCCUGAAUGUGCUCAGUCUAUUCUCUGUGUGUCUUAUGUGAGCAUUGGAGUCAAGAAGCUCAUUGUUAAUUUUCCGUCCUUUGGGUUUACAUCUGUAUUUCACAGCCUUGUUUUGGCCCCCAGACUGCAUACUCCAUGCGGGCUUUGUUUUCCUUUACACAUUGUGGUGUGUUUAUGUAAUUUUGCAGAAGAUAAACUGGAUGUUUACUAGCUUUUCCUGAAUCACCCCUAUUUUUUUCCUGAUUAAACCAUGAACUUGAAACAUGAAGACAACAGCUGCUGCAUGUCUACACUUUAUGUAAAUUUGGAGAUGGAUUUACAUACAUUUCCCUGUAUUUAUGAUGUAUAUUUGCUUGCUCAGCAGCUUGGCAAAUAUGAUUUUAACUGUCAGUUUUGACCAAGUAUGUCCAGAUAAGGACAUUGCUUUGAGGGCAUCAUCCACAAAGUUGUUGUGGGACAAGGUCUGAGAGUACUGUCAUGCAUCAUCUCCUGAAAUGUUGCAAGAAUUAAAUGCAGUGUGUGUGUUUGUGUGUGUUCAUCACAUUGGCCUCUCACUUGCAGUGAAUGUGUGCCGUGAUUCUCUGUUCUGUGCCAGUGGCCCUGCCUCUCAGGUCCCUGGCUGGACCCAAGCCCAGUGUGACAGCACACUUCUUGAAAUAAGGACCUUGAAAAUUUGCAGUAAAUAAAAUUUACAGCUGUGUUUCCCCUGCUUAAGCUACCUAAUGUCCUGGAACUGAUCCCCACCAAAUAUUUUGUAUGUGUGAUAUGUAUAUCUAAGUCACUUAUUGAUGCCCUGAUACUGUGUGAAAAUGAAUGAUUUUGCAAAUCGUAGGACCCGUUGUGAUUGGCAAAGAGCCACACCUCGAGUAAACCUCGAGCUGGAAAAUGGCGGCAGGGGUUUCGCAGACGCUCUUGCCUGUCUUCUCUAUUCUUAUGGUCCAGCCUGGCCUCCCGAUAACAGAAUGGAUGAAUCUCAUUCACUUGUAACGUGAGGCUGCGGGACCAGUUUUGUGGGCUGGGGAGAGACUGCGGAGGGGGGGAUGUGACCUGUGUGCCGGGUUCUGCUUGAUCGGGGUAUAUCAGACCCACACAUCCUCUCUGGACUACAAGGUUUGCCAAUUUUUGGCUGCUUAUUGCAGUUUAGGACAUAGUAGCUCAAAGGAAUCAUUUUAACAAAACAAGACAAUGUUAUCAUUAGUGAUGGAGAAAAUGACGCUGCUUGAACCAUUUGCUGUAUUUUUUGACCCCAUUAGAUGGUGCUGUUCAAAAACAUCCAUUAAGCAAGCAUCAUCUAGUGGGGUCGGAAAGUACAGCAAAUGGCUCAUUGCCUUGUUUUGUCCAUCACUAGUUAUUAUAUAUAUAUAUAUAUAUAUAUAUAUAUAUAUAUAUAUUUAAAAAUACGCUACAGUAAUGCCUUCUUUAGGACCAUGGGAAUAGUCUCUGUAUUAGGGGUCAAGAGUGUGAUCUAAUGGCAUUUUCAACCUGUUUAUUUCCCUCUCUUCACACCCUAUAGCUUUAGAGAAGCAAAAAGCUCUCUUCAGUAUUGGACUCUGUAACUACCCCCAGCAAGACAUUUUCCCCAAAGAGUCAUGCAUAUCUUAUUUCAUUUUUAUUUCCUUUUUUAUAUCUUGUCUUUUAUAAGUUGUUUAAUUUUGUAAUUCAAUGGAUUUUAAACCCAUAAGAGUAAUAUUUUGUAUUAUACCAACAUGAUAUAAAUGCAUAUGUAUUCCAGAUAUGUAUACAGUAAUGUAUAGAGGUUUUUUAAACCCUGUUCACUUUUCUGCAUCUUCGUUAAAUGACCGUUCCAAUGUAUUAUUUUUAAUCAUGAAGUGGACAUGCCGUGAACCAGAUUCCUGUUGCUCUGAAUGUUUUCAGUGGAAAUAUUAUGACAAUGUACUGUGUCUGUGUUCUGCAGUGGAGCACUGUCUGUACUGUCCUACUCAACAGGUGGGUGCUUGGAAGCCAGCCAAGAAAAAUCCAGAAGGCAGAGAACAUUAAAACGAUUAAACUGAAGCUGUACUAAA